AUGGCAUCCCCAUCCCUCCGGUUCGUGACAGCUUUAAGCGCUCCAACACAAGAAACGGCGAUCCUUUCUUCAUCUCUCUCGUCGCGAUCUGACGCUUGCAAAGUAUUUCUUAAUUCACUUGCGUUCAAGAGGCCUGAAGGUAAGGCAGCGAUGAAUCUGAGGGUGAGAGCGAUGGGAGGAGCACCUAAGUUCAAGGGUACCCAGAUGAGAGAGAAGCACCUGACGGAGAUGAUAGAGAAGAAGAUAAUCGAAGCAAAAGAGGUGUGCGAGGGAGAUCAGACCUCCGACGAGUGCAAGGUGGCAUGGGAUGAGGUGGAAGAGGUGAGCCAAGCUAAGGCUGAUUUUAGACUUAAGUUGGAGAAACAAGAUCCUCUCGAGUAUUUCUGCCAGGACAAUCCUGAGACCGACGAGUGCCGCGUCUAUGAAGAUUAGUCUUAGCUUUAGCUUGAAACCAAUCAGCUAUCAAAAAAGAAGAAAAAGAAAAACCCUAGGCCUUAAUUAAGUCAUUUUCUAUUUUCCAGUGUAUGAUCCUUUUGUACUCAUCCAUCUUGUUUUAUGAAACCCUUGUCUCUUAUCUC